UCGGCUAAACUUUCCAGUUCUUGCUGAAAUAUUUUUCAUCGCUUAUCCGCAACUGAGUAAAUCUCGUUCUCGUUAUCAUACUUUUUGAAUUGGAUGCUUUAUAGAGUCGACUAGACUAUCUACAUAUGUAUGGUGGGUGAUUUCCGAGAAAAUCGAACAUAAUUUGACUGAAAAACGUUUCCCUGCAGAUGUCGUUUCUCAUUGAUACCUAAUCUGACAAUGCUAUCAGCACGCAGUUGCUACCGUCGCUAAAAUAAUAAUUCCCUGACCUACCCCUAGUCAUAUCCACUUUGCCCGGCAUACCUAGUGUGCUAGUGAACUCUUACUUGUGGUGGAGUCGCUCAUAUGGCAUAGAGUCUAGUGGCUUGGCCGUAUAACCUUAGUUCAAUGCCCUCGUGCUGUUUCAAAUACAAGCCAUAGUCCAAGAGCUCAGUGUUUCUUUCCAUGAAGUCAAAAUUUCGUCAAAAACGAGUGAGUCGAACAUUCUUCUUUCAGUAAUUUGUCUACUGUAAUUGGCGUGAGAUAAUACUCUAUUCAAGAGACUCUGAUCGUAUUUGAGUAAUCGAUUUGUGGGUUUCUUAGAAUAGACAGGAGUCACAGGACGAGGGGUUUGUUUAAAAUGAACUCAGUCGAUAUACUGAAUAAACUGAGAGCCAGAGAAUAAAGCUCUGAAAGCUCAUCUUAAUGUGUUUCAGAUUUCAACGUCAUAUUACAUUCUUGUAUUUUUUACGCCACGAAAUAUUUCACGGGAUGUUCCGAGUUAGCCGUCUCGCUUGCCAAAGACCUGGCAAAUCACAGAUUGCGUCUUCACUAGCACAUGGUCACGGACGUAGAGCACUGGUGUGGUGUGUAGGAAUUCCGUCUCUGCAGGAUCAGCAGCGCCGGGUCUUCCAUGGGGGUUCUGCGCCACUCAGUUGCUUACGGUCUGCCUUUCAUGAUAGAUAUUUUCUUCGCAAGAAAAUCGCAUUCAAGACGUCCAAGCCGUCAUGCCAAAUUAGUACGAGCUCUGAUCAAGGGGUGCUGCGCGCUGACGUGUGGCUCGACCCGCUCCCCAACCGUGACUUCGUCUCUUUUCUCUUCGAACGCUUCCAACAAUGGCCAGACAAUACAGCAAUCCUUUGCGACGAGACCGGGCGCAGCUACAGCUAUGGCGCUCUCAUGGAAGGUUCCCUGCGGUGGGGCAGUGCGCUCAAGGGCCUCAGCAAGGAUGGCUCGGUGCCGGCAUCUGUUGCUAUCAUGUCUCACAAUGUGCCUGAAUACCCAUUGGUUAUCUUCGGGGCCCAGGGGGCCGGAUGUUCUGUCACUACCAUUUCAGUGGUAGCUACGCCGCCGGAAAUCGCCCGUCAGUUGGACGACUCCGACGCCUCAGUUGUUGUGGUAGACGCUUCGCUGGAGGCUCAAGCGCGCGAGGCACUCACGAGGACGACCAGCGGCCGCGACGUCGUUCUUGUGACUAUAGGGAAAUCUGCUCAUGGAUUUCCUGACCUCUUGGACAUCAUUAACGACAAUAGCCUUGCCACCGUUGAUAGAGUGGAGAAUCACCCUGAUAAAAUGGCCUUGAUUCUGUACUCGAGCGGUACUACGGGUACCCCCAAAGGCGUGUGCAGCUCACACCGCGUGCUCAGCAACUACUUGCCCAUCCUGACGCACCCCAGCUGCUACCCGCCCUCUCUAGCCAGCCCUGGCAAGCAGGUGACAAGCAUCGGACUCAUGCCGUUCUACCACGGCUUCGGUCUGCUCGCCGUAGCCAUGGGUUGCUUCUACCUCGGCCACAGGCUCGUUUGUGCACCUCAACCUAGUCCUGCACGUUUCGCCGAGCUUACCAAGAAAUACCGGCCGCUGAUCCUGCACCUUGUGCCGCCGUUGCUGAACUUCCUGACGCAGUCGCCGCUGGUGUCAGCCGAGCACCUUGCCAGCGUCAGCAACGUGAUCGUCACCGGCGCUCCUGUGCACCCUGCCGUCGCCAAGGCUUUCACUGAGAAAGCCUCGCAAAAAAUUGCUUUCCAAGAAGCUCUGGGCAUGACGGAGAUUUUGUGUCUGACGCUGACGCCGCUCCUGCAGCAGAAGCUUGGCAGUUGCGGCAAACUCUUCCCCAACAUGGAGGCCAGAGUCGAGGAUCUGGAGACGAGAGAGCCUUUGGGGCCACACCGCCCAGGAGAGCUCGUCGUCAGGGGGCCGCCGCUAUUCUCGCACUACCACAAGAACCCUGAAGCCACAGCGGCUGCGUUCACACCCGAUGGCUGGUUCAGGACUGGUGACGUCGUCUGCUACGACGAGGACGGAUUUCUCUCUGUAGUCGACCGCUUCAAAGAACUCAUUAAAGUCAAGGCUUUCCAAGUUUCUCCUUCAGAACUUGAGGAUCUGAUCCUGCAGGUAGAAGAAGUGCUGGACGUAGGAGUGGUAGGAGUGCCGGACGACAGAUCCGGGGAACUGCCACGAGCGUUCGUCGUGUUGAAAGAAAACGUAACCGACCCACAGAUUUUAGGCCAAAUUUCCAAUAAAAUCAAUUCGCACAUGAAAGAAAAUGCUGCCCCGUACAAGCAGCUCGCUGCUGGCAUCUUCUACGUCGAAACUUUGCCUAAGAACCGAACUGGGAAGCUGCUCAGACGCGAGCUCCGAGAUAUGGCCGUGAAAACUUAGUAAUUUAAGAAUUUUCGUCUGAUAGCCUAUAGUUUUGAGGCUAUAUAACGGCCGUACAUUAACCAAAUAAAACGUAUCAAGAAUGCUUUCACUUUUUGCAGUAGGUAAUUUAUUUUCCCUUAGUUUCCUAGAGAGAUCCACACGUCAUUUUCGGACACUUUUAACAAGAAUAACUUCCCACAUACAUUAUAGCCGAAAGAAACAUCCCGUUCCAUUUCCUUACUUUUCCAAUUUAGCUUCAGAAUAAACACCACGCGCAAGCUUUCCCCGCAAGCAUUCUUCGGGAAAAAUAGGUUCAUGCAAAUCUAGACCUCGAGGAAGAAAUCGAUGAGUUAUAGCUGUAACAGCGCCGGCCAUCAGAAACUAAUUGUAGGCCGCCUAUAAGCCGCCAAUGGGUAGCAAGAAGGUACGCAAGAUACCCUUACAUAUUCCGGUGACGUGAGACGCCUGAGAGAAGUGAGAUCUUUUCACGUCUGAUAUUGGCUGUCGAGCCAAUAAUGGGCCAAAGCCUUCUAUUCGCAGCGAUGGUGCGGACAGCGAAGCAAGGCUCAAGUUCUUCUUGGAUUUGUUGCGAUUGUCUUUAUCAGUACAUCAGUCACAUAUUUAGUGUAUAAUCAUAUUAGUUUACGUGAUGCUUUUAAUCUUUAUACAUUUGGUGUCCAUGUCUGUAAAUGAGGCUAGUGUCAUUCUUAACGUCACCUUCUCGAGAUGGAUAAAGAUGGCAUAAGCCAGUCCAAAAAUAUUGAAUUUGAAAAAAAAAACUUGCACAUUUGUCUCCGUCUGUCAUUAAUCAUGUAAAUUUAUAUUUAAUAAUCCUUAGUAAAUAAAUCCUACAAAUUCGAA